AUGGUUAAAAUUGUGGACAUAGAGGGUACCUUGAAGGGGUCAAGUAAAGAGGUAGAAGGAAAGAAUGGUAAGGAAGGGAUCUUAGAGAGAAAAUCAAGUGGUGAAAAAAUUAAUGGCAAGGAGAGAGAAACAAAGGAAAAUGAGCAGAACGAAUAUACUCUCAAUUUCAAGGUGGAAUCCAACGUCUUCUUUCAAAAUUCUGGUGGUGAAAUUCAUUUUGCUCCUCCUCUCACGUGGAAACCUUGCCUUCUCUAUCAGUUGAACGUUUGGUGUUCAUUCUCCAAUUUUCCCACUUCACUUGCAUCUCCAAAGACAAACCCUACACACGAGAUAGUACUGAAAUCACCAUCUUGCAGGUCCCUCUCACACGUACCCAAUAAAUCAUCUCAACGCUUUUCCUCAAAGCACAAGUUUGUGGUUGAAGACAUGUUGAUUGGUCACGCAGAUCACAUAUCGGAGUCGAGAUCAUGGAAGGAUCAGAUACUUGUUGACUCUGGGUCUGAAUUAGGUGAUGCUGACGAGGAAGAUUUUUUGGAACAGAUACUGUACUCAGCAUCCUUUGAAGAGCUUGCAAGCAACAACCUUAAAUACGACACGGUCAUAUGGCUUGCUAUAUCAUUGCUACUGGUGUUGGCUUGGGGAAUUGGCCUUUUUAUGUUGCUUUACCUGCCCAUCAGAAGAUAUGUGCUUCGAAAGGAUUUGUCUUCUCGCAGAUUAUAUGUUACCCAUACUGAAGUGGUUUAUAAGGUAUCAAGGCCUUCAUUUAUACCAUUUUGGGGCACCGUAACAAUUGAGAGGCGUAUACCUCUUUCUCUGGUGAUUGAUAUCAUUAUUGAACAAGGUUGCCUGCAGUCUAUAUAUGGUAUCCACACUUUUCGAGUUGAAAGUAUUGCACAUGGAAAAGCUGCUCCUGUAGAUGAGCUACAAGUUCAGGGUGUUUAUGACCCUUCUCUUUUGAGAAAGAUGAUUGUAACAGAGGCUUCAAAGAUCACACAAGAUGCAAAUGGGAUGCUUGCUGCUCCAAGCACAGAUGUUGAAAACGUUGCCCAUAUGCCAGCAGCUGCUGAGGGAUCAGUUGUUUUGAGAUCACCAUCAAAAAGUUUGAAGAUGGCAGGCUCACCACAUACUUCACUAGAGCGCAGAGUGGCCGGAGGGUUGCUGCUUACUAAACUUGAAGAAGUCAAUAAAUCAGUAAAGAGACUUGAACUGCUUAUUGAGAAGUCGCAUGCUUCUUCCUCCAUCGACUGA